GCCAGUCAUCACACACUGCCUCCUGGUCUUGCUGAGGUACAGUAUCCAUUUGACCUCUAAUCAUGUCUGCUCAGUUUUGUGUAGCUUUGCUGGCUCUCUUCUCUCUGACUGCUGCAUCUGAUUCAGACUGUGAAGAGCUGCUUAAACCUCUGGAGGAUCGAAGCCAGGUUUCUGGAAAAUGGAUUUUCCAUGUUGGAACAACAUCCAAUGAGGAGUCCCGGAGGGAGCUUAAAACUGCCAGCAGCUCCUGGAUUGAAUCUACACCCAUCCCUGGUAGUGAUGAAAUGACCCUGCGCUGGGCAGACAGAAUUAAUGGAAAAUGUAUUGAAGGGAACCUCAAUACCACCACCUCCGAAAACUCUACCACAGUGAUAUUUCACAUUAAUGGCACCGAUUAUGAACACGUUGGGAAUUACCUGAAGACCUGUACGGACUGUGUCCUCUGGACAGACACCACUGUGUCUUCUGCCACCACGGACGAAACAAAAAAAACUAGAAACCUCUACCUCUUCACAAAGUCUGGGAAGCUGGAUGAUGAUGAUCUGGAGGUUUUCAAGAAACAGGCUGCGUGCCUCAACUUUGCUGCAGAUUUCCACUUUGGAGGCAUCACAGACCUGUGUCCUGAUGAGAAAGAGGCUGCCACUGAUGUAAAGGAAGAAGAACAAUAGAGUUUACACUCACCUACACCUCAAGACUAUCCUGAGACCUGAAGUUACACCAUGAGUCUAAUCUGUAUUCAAGUGAACUGUUGUUGAUGUUUUUUAGGUCCUAUUACUUGUAUGCAUCACAGAUGUCUUUAUAGAUGUAAAAAGAACACCUUUUCCAUGUUGCAGGAGGUUUAAAGUGAGACAAGACAGAUUACAGCUUUGUAAAGUCAUUUAUCAUAGUAGACUUGUUAUUUACAGCAGCUCCUUUUUUGUUGUGUGAAUAGAGAAGAGAGAAGUGAAUAGAUUUCACAUGUAAUAUCAGAUUCAUAAAUAACACUGGAUACCAUCAUCUAUGCAUUUAAAGCUUAUGUAUGUUGUUUGUAUGCUUGUAUUUUUGCAUAAAUGUAAUCUGUUUGCA